AUGGCUUCAGAUCAGGCACACCAACGGUUGGCGUUCUGUCUGUCGAUGGCUCUCACGUUAAGAGGAAUCUAUUUCAAUGGCAAAGACUGGUUGGACUAUGUAUUGGCAGCAAUCGGAAUGAGUGCUACUUGGCGGUCGGGUCAAAAGAUGCCUCAAAUUUAUUGGAGAAUGAUGGGUGAUGUCCCUCUUGUCGAGGCGGGGGUCCGCGGAUUCGGUGUGGAAUGUGGUAAAUUUGUCCCCUACCGUCAGUCUGUUGUUGUGGAUUCCGCCCUCAAGUCCCAUGUUGUUAUUGAGAUUGUUGAUACCAACGACCCGCAAGCGGUGGAGGCAACGGAUUUGCAUCAGCCGGGGGAUCCAGGCAUUGUGGGCACUUACUCCAUAUCUCCAUACGUUCCCGGUGAUGCCCCAUUCGCAGCGGGUCCUUCGACUUUGGGUGCUAUUGGUGUUAAUCCCUACUUGGUGGUGGAUACUAGUCGUUUUUGUUACAUAGGGGUUGAUUUGGCGGAGUUGGCUGCUGUUAAAUCUGAGCAUGACAAACUCACGGAGAACGUUUGGCUUAUCGAAGAGGAGCGACGCAAUUUUGAUGAGUGCUACCUCGUGCUGUCCAGCGAGAAGACUGUUGUGGAAGCUCAGGCGGCGACUCUGGUUGGGGAGGUGAAUCUCUUAUCCCAACAGGGAGUGGUUCAGGUGGUGGACCGUGCUAUUGAAAGUAGUGAGUUCGCGCUUGGGAUUCGCCGCAUGAAGGCAUCGUGUGUGGCUACUAGUGUAGAGAAUGGUAAGCAGGUGGCACGAGCUUGGUCAGUUGGUAAUGGCCCUGGCUCGUCUGAUUCGGACGUUGUGGCACAAUCUAAUGAUGCAACGCAUGAUGCCAUUAGGGCUUUUUCCGAGACAAACUUCGCGUCCUACCUUCGUUUGGGUGAGCUCGGCCUUGCUGAUCUUUUCCAAUUGUGCUCUAAAGAGGACGAACACAUGCCAGACGGAGGCGUUUGGGGCACUACUUUGACUCAACCUCGUCGUGGUUAA